CGCCACGGGAACAGUCAGUGCCUGAGACGUUGUCCUUUGAAGUGUCGCCAUGGCCCGUCGCUCCCUUGCCCUUCUGCUCGGCAGUUGUGUCCUUGUCCUGGGCUAUUCCCUGAAAGGACCAAGAUGCAAGGAUCUCUCUCCAGGAAGUCAGAUCCACCCUGACGACACCGAAUGCACGCCCGACAGCGCAGGGCCCCCCUCCCUACCAGAAGGAAGGGCCCUCACCCCCUGCCAUUUCACCUGCAGCGCCCCGCUGGAAAUUAUCAACGACCAGAGCAACUGCAGCGCCUUUCACGUGUGUCUCCCCGAUGGCCCAAAACCCUUCACUUGCCCUGGAAACACCUACUUCCACUGGGAGAGUCAAACGUGCGUUGAAGACAUUGGCGUCUGCUGCUCGGUCUCCUGCACGCCCAUCUGUACGUCCGUGGGCGUGCAGAUUCCCGACCCCACUGACUGCACCAAAUUCUACGUCUGCAUCGAAAUCGGACAGCCCAGCGAGGCCGUCCACCUCACUUGCCCGAGCGGGAAGUUCUUCGACGCUGAAGCCCAGCGAUGCCUCGCCGAUGCCGAAUGCGAAGUCGUCUGUGCGACCGACGUGACCACCACCAGCCCGGCGCCGUGCACUCCCUUCUGCUCGACUGUGGGCGUGCAGAUUGCCGAUCCUAACGACUGCACCAAAUUUUACGUCUGUAUUGAACAGGGAUUUCCUGACGAAAGCGUCCACGUGUCUUGUCGGCCGACAGAGCAUUUCGAUCCCGAAACGGGGCGGUGUGUGGAGGGCGACGAGUGCGUGUCCCAGUGCGGAGAUUCGAGCACGCUGUCGACGGGCGCGCUGACCACGCCCACGCAAGCACACUCAUCCACACACAUUACCGGACCAACUGGAGAGAUCACUGACACGACCUCGGUUUCGGAAUCAACUGGAACAGCCACUACACCUUCAGGAGGAACUACAGCCACAGGAACACCACUUUCAGAAACAACUACCACCGAAGAGACCACCUUAUGAAAUGACUAAUGUUAACGCCGACACUGUAUGAUAGGUAAUACACGAUAACCCUGUGAAAAUAUUAUAAAUGUGAUGUGUAAUUGCUAUCAUAUAUUUGCAUUUUCUAUCGUUUCUAGUUAUGUUAGAAAUCUGAUUUAUUUGUGUUAAUGUCUUCCACUGUGAUGCCCACUGUAAUCCCUAAUAUAAUCCAUCAGAACAAAUUAAUCUGAGACACGAAAACAAAAUGAAAUGUAUAAAAAUAGGCACGAAAAUUAUUCUUGUAUAAAGAAAAAGAAAAAGUA